AUGAAUCUUGCUCUAGGAUCAAAGCGACGCGCUGCAAAGCUCGUUGGGCGGAAAGGGCAGACGACAGAGUCCAAUGAUGGGAGAUUAAAAAAUAAACUGCAUUUGACGACGCGUCCGUCUCUCCCGCCGGUGCUGCGGCUGUGCAGCAUGUUCAAGUAGUGUCCCCACCAGACGAAAGCACGGCGGUGCCGUUACCUGUUGAUUGCCAGACUACUGUGUGGGCGACGGGGCGUUUGCUGGUUCUCCGUUUUCCGUGCGAUACUACGUUGAUGAUGGCGUGUUGAUUGAAGGGAGAUUUUUCGCUGAUGGUGGCCGAUGCUUGCGCGCGGUGCGUUCUCUCGCUACGGAUCACUUUCGUCUGCUGGUAGAGAGAGGCCCAGCAGACCCUCCGUUGUUGUGGCAAGGAAAGAUCACCGAUUUCGCUACCCGUCUGGAUGUGUUGGGUUGGACAUUGGACACUCAGCAACUCACGAUUACUAUGACCGACACGAAACAGCAGAAACUGGGACGCAUUUUGGCUGCGUGGCCCGCGACUCGGAGAGUCGCUACAGCUCGUCAAGUAGCCGAGUUGACAGGGUUUCGCAUGCACGUUUCGUUCGUGUUUCGUCCAGGAAAGUUUUUUGUGGGGCACCUUUUAUCCGCGGUAGGGAUGCCUGCUUCGUCUACGUUCGCGUCCCAAGUGCCCAGCCCGAACAGACGUGUAGUGCUGGGUCGAUUAUUCCAGGNGACACGAAACAGCAGAAACUGGGACGCAUUUUGGCUGCGUGGCCCGCGACUCGGAGAGUCGCUACAGCUCGUCAAGUAGCCGAGUUGACAGGGUUUCGCAUGCACGUUUCGUUCGUGUUUCGUCCAGGAAAGUUUUUUGUGGGGCACCUUUUAUCCGCGGUAGGGAUGCCUGCUUCGUCUACGUUCGCGUCCCAAGUGCCCAGCCCGAACAGACGUGUAGUGCUGGGUCGAUUAUUCCAGGAUGAUCUCGAAUUUUGGCGGUGGUUCCACGGGCGUGGUCUCUCGUUGCGCGGCGGAAGUUUGUGUGCACCCAUGUACAACAUUUUGGAACGCCCGCCGGCACUAUCCGUGUUCAACGAUGUGUCUAAGCAAGCAAUUGGAGGGUAUUGUUUGCAA